AGAGGUUUCGAAACCUUGGGAAGUUUUGAACUAUUCGUUGAUGGGUGAAGAAGAACCAAAUCUUGCUCCUUCUCCUCGUCGUUCGUCGUUGUCUCAACCAACCACAAAAGGAGAGGAUGCUCCUCCUCUUCUUCCACUACCACAACCAUGUGUUCGAUUCGAUCCCAGCCGAAUGAUUGGCAUUAUCAAAAGGAAGGCCCUGAUUAAAGAUUUAGCCGCUGUAUACCAUGCGGAGUGUCUUUCCUACUGUCAACAACUUUUGGAGCUCCAAAGGAAAUGGGAAGAGCCAGUCGUGGACAACAAAGCUUUUGGGGAGGUGAAGAAGGAGACAAUAAGGCCACCCAAACGAGUGAAGAAGACCCGUGAGGGAAGAUAGGCAACCCUGAAGGACAGAAAUAUAUAUACUGUACUUUUUGAAAGGUUGUUAUUAGAAGUAUAUAUAUGACUGCUGUAUUUUUGUUGAAUACGGUUUUUUC